AUGGGAGACAGAAAUACAGUGUCGGCACGAAAUAAGAGUUUUCAGACAUUAAAAGAAUUUGAGUUCUAUCAUGGCUUCCUUCCGCGAGAGGAUUUAUUUUGCCUACUUAAAUAUGUUGGAGAAUUUUUGAUACGCGUUAGUGAGGUCGACAACGAUCCUCAUCAAAAAGGUAAAAGAGAAAUCAUACUAUCAGUCGUGUGCGAAUGUGCUCCCGGAGAGACUUCGAGGAUUCAGAAUAUAGAUGAAAAAGAAGAUGAGGCACAAGGCAAGAAGGGCUAUGAGAAGAAGGUGCGGGGGAAGCUUAAAAACGUCAUUGUAAGGAGAAAGAACGGCAAGUACUUGGUUGAGGUGGCGCGUCUAUUCGAGUCUAUCCCACAACUUAUUAAACACUACCGAGAAACGCCUGGGAAACUAAAUAAGAUUUCUUUCAUUUUAAAAUAUCCUAUAAAGCAACAGUCGUGGGAAUAUAACCACAGUGACGUGCAACAAGGAAAGUUAUUGGGGGAAGGAGCGUUUGGCGAGGUCCGAGCUGGAACGUUGAAGUUGAAAUCCGGACGAAUAGCAGAGGUGGCUAUAAAAGUGACGAAAGGGUGCUCGGAUAUUGGGAAGGCGAAGAUCAAAGAAAUGAUGAAGGAGGCAAGACUGAUGAGGAACUUCAGGCACAGAAAUGUUGUUCGCAUCUACGGAGUAGCAGUUGACGAACAACCACUCUACAUCAUUCUUGAACUUGUCAAAGGCGGGGCGUUGAAUACGUUUCUGAAGGAAAACGCCAAUAAAGUGGAGGUGAAAGACAAAUUAAAUAUGUGCCUUGGAGCUGGUCUGGGUGUGGAAUACCUGCACAAUAACCAAUGCAUGCAUCGGGAUUUAGCAGCAAGAAAUUGCCUAAUCACCAAUGAUCGAGUAGUAUGUAGAUUUUUGUUUAGUUUAGUGAAAAUUAGCGAUUUUGGAUUAUCGCGACUGGGAGUGCAGUAUAAGCUGAAAACUGCAAUGAAGCUACCCAUAAAGUGGCUUGCACCCGAAACCAUCACAACAUUCGUAUUCUCGCUGAAGACGGACGUGUUCAGCUUUGGAGUGAUGGUCUACGAGAUCUUUGCAGAUGGCGCUGAACCAUGGGAUGGUCAAACAAAUGCAGAAGUCAAAGUGGCGGUUAUCGAAGGCAGGUGUGUGACCUUCCCAAAAUGCACACCAGAUCGAGUGAGAAAGUAUUUCGUCGAAAGGGUGUUCGCGAAAAAUCCAGCGAGUAGAGCCACAAUGACAGAAGUUGUCAAAUUCCUCCAGUCAUGUGGCGCAACUUCGGGAGUAAGCAGCACCGCGUCCCAAAUGUCUGAAGUAAGGGUUGUCUCUGACAGCCGACGCUAA